AUGGAAGCUUUGCUAGGUCAACAACCAAUUAAAGAGAUGGAUACAACCACUUUGGAUUUGGAAGCUGUAUUCCUUUCGGGGAUGCUUGGAUUACAAGCAAACAAAUGUUUUGAAUGUGGCUGUGUCCUUGACCCGAGCGUCGGUCGGGAAUUCCUGUCCGACAACGGGCUGAGCAAACGUGCCUCGACCGGACAGACCGAUGUGAUGGACUCCACGACCACGACCACGACCACGACCAAUAGUAGCAAAUCACUCAAUCUAUUACCGGUCAAAUUUACCCGAUCCAAUUCGACCAAAGAACCGUCACAUCGUCGUUCGAGUCCAACACGUCUGCUGGCGGAUUCCCCGACACGGAUGCGAAUUUGUUACAUGACUGGGAAAUACUAUUGUGAUCGUUGUCACUGGAACGAUCACUGGUAUGUACCCGGAUCGAUUUUCCUAUUAAACGAUACUAGCAUGCACCCGGUAAGUGAUCCGACCCAAAAAUUGUUCCCUAGUUCGAACUUGGCUCGGAUUGUGAUUGCAUGA